AUGUCUCAGCCAACAACCGCAGACUGGUUCCAACGCCCUCAGGGCAGCGACUACCCCAAAGGGCUUUACAAAAGCUCCUGCACAUGGCGUCAAUGCGUCCUUGUGAUUGAAUCUGAGGGGGACAAAAUCAAUAUGACUGCCAAGGUCCAGGUCGUCUUAGACUCUCAGCAGCCAUACAUCGCCCUCUGCCUGGAAAAUAAGGACCAGGGACAGGUCAUUUUCCCAUUUCAGGGAAUUCACUUUCAUUGUGGGAUCGAAGGUGAAGCGGCACAAACCGACGACUGGAUCAACACAUUGAGGACAACCUGUCCGCUUCUCCCUGCCCAGGACAAGUUAUACUAUUACGCAGUAAGGUCCAAGAGCUCGCCUGUGUUUACCAAGGUCCAAAGGCCGUUGAUGGAUGAAGAGCUCAAGGAAAAACUGAGAAAGCUCCGGAACAUCGAGUGGUCGAAGUGCGACUCAUCUAUCUUUCUUCAAUAUAAGAACAGCUACACUGAAGUUUCGCCUGCGCUCGAUUUUUCAAUGAAACUCCACAAUCUCGUGCACCAAGACUGCGAUGGAGAAGGAUUCUGGUAUUAUCGCCAGAACCCAGAGUCAGACGUUACCAAGCGGCACCCGGAGAUGCCAUGGCUCUGGACAAAUACUGAAGACAGGCGGGAAUACAUCAAGUGGCAACCCCACAAUCCCCUGUUCUUCGACGACAACGACCGCAUUUGCCGUCUUCUGAAGGCCUCUAAGAAUGAACGCUACCAGCAAGUGCGGGAAGUUUCUGACGUCUUCAAUCCUACCCGGCAGCAUGAGGCAUGGUGCACUGAGAGUGAUUUCGGGCUACCAGGUAGCACGCACCUGGUACAUAUCAAGAUCUUGCCAGUGCGACCCAGUGACAAAGUGGUCGUCCCCAAAUUGCAGGAGGGCACCAAGGUGAAAUUCGAGUGGGCUCUCAGUGGUGUCCCCUAUGCCAUGGAUACGAAGCUUGCUGAUCAGGGAGCUGUCACCCAGAGUGACUCUAGUGCUGACCUUGUUCUCCGCGUGACAGGCCAGAUCACACUAGCACCGGGCGUACACUCUCCCAUCGUCACAUCAGCAGAGGCAAACACGAUGCCCAUUGACGCCCAGAUUGAGGCUCUUGGCGAGGCAAGUAAAUCAGCUCUUGUCUUCGGGGAUCGUUCAGGAAACCAGGGUCGAGGUUUCUCGCUGAGGCGCACGCUCCUUGCCCAUGGAACCGAGCUCGAGGAAGGAAACCAAGGCUACUUCACCCUGGAUGUCCACCAAAUGUCGCCCGUCCGGCCGGAUGUUCAGCGGGAGAGGAUAGGUCACCUUUCACAGACCUUCCGACUUGAUGGGGCCCAAAGAGAGGCCUUUCAGGCUUCGCUGGUGAGAGUCGUCUGCGGCGUCAGCCUGAUCCAAGGUCCUCCGGGAACUGGAAAAACCAGUACGGCCAAAGCGAUUGUCUGCACAGCGGCAGCGCUUGGCUGCAAGAUCCUCCUGGUUGCUGGGUCCAACAAGGGUGUGGACAACCUUGCUGCGGCGGUGAUGAAAGCCCUCCAACGGGACGAGCAACUACGAGGCUGGUGUGGCCAGCUCGUCCGGUUCCGCACACCGCGAUACCAGCUCGAAAGAGCGAGGGGUGGUGAAUCUUCAGAUGAGGGCGACAACCUGAGUAACGUUCAAGCUCACGUCCUCGCCAUCCAGUACGCCCAGGAACACGCCACCACCGACAAGUACGCCCGGUCUCUAUUAGAACGCCUUGCAGACGACAAGCAGCGACGACUGAGCAAGGAAGAGCGGAAGGGUCUCAAGGGGGACUACGAACACUGCGUCAAGAAGGUCCUGCAGAACGCCAAGAUCGUUGCAACAACCUUGAGCAACGCGUCCCAGGAUCUUCUAAGACGUUCGGGUUUUGAACCUGUCUUCGUGAUUUGCGACGAGGCAGGGCAAUGCCAGGAAGGCGAAAUUACCAUCGCCCUGACCAUCCCAUCGAUUCAGGUGGUCGUCUUGAUUGGAGACCCGAAGCAACCGCCGCCAACUGUUGUCUCAGAACACGGGACCAAUGAGGGCGCGUUGUAUUUGAAGAGGUCGUUGAUGGAGAGGCUGCACGAAGCAGACUACCCCUGCACGAUGCUGUUGACCAACUACCGCAGUCACAGCCACAUCUUUGACAUCUUCAACCGGUGGAUCUACAACGGUGCGCUGAGAUUGGGUCCCAACAAUGACAGCGAACAGCGCGUCGGGAAGGCCUGGGACACCUUCACCCGCUCUCGUCACUACUUCCGCGGUUACGGUGUGGUGGGAGUUCGCCGCCUUUUCAUCAGCGUAAUUGGGGAGGCCAUUCGCGCUGAGGGUAGCCAGUCGUGGUUCAACCAGUCGCAGGCUAUGGUGGCUGUGCACCUGCUGAAGAACCUUUUCGCCUAUCGGACGAGUGACGGUCAACAUAUUCGUCCAGAAGAUGUCAUGGUGAUCUCUCCGUAUGCGGCACAGCGAGCUUUGGUCGGAAGGCUCAUGGGCGAGCACGGGAACCCCGUCAAUGUCGGUUUCAUCGCCGAUCAGCAAAGACUCAAUGUCGCACUGAGCCGUGCACGCGAGGUCCUAGUCAUUGUCGGGAACCGCUUUGUCUGGGAUAAAGACGCCCUUGACAAGAUCAAAAAGUCUCAAGGCAAGACGGCCAGGUUCCUUCUCCAUCUUCUUAAUGACACGAGCAGGCGUGGUCAUACCAUGGUGUGGCACGGUGAAGCCACAGUCGAAGAUGAGAACCCUGUCGGGCCAGUGGAAUACAAAUGCCCUGAUCGGUCAAUCUACCAGACGGCCGCAGUCUCCUCCGCCCCCGUUUCCUCCGCACUCGUCCCCGCUCACCCUCCCCAACGGCCCGCCCAACCGUCUGGUGGAUCCUUCUCUACAGCGCGCUGGAGGCCGUCUGCUAGACCUGUUCCUGAGAUCGAAGGACCAGGAACACCAUCUCGACCGACGCCACAGGUAAACAUGCCCGUUGGUCCGUCCCGGCAGCCACCUGUCGUUCGUCCGCCAACAUCCACAAGCCAAUCAAGGGACAUCGAGGAAGAUGUCAGCAUGGUGGACGUUGAGAACUCCGAAGGUCGGCAACUCGUACAGCAAUCCGGCUGUCCGCCCUCUCCUGUCCUCUCUCCUUGGCAUGCUCGCCAGCGAUCCCGCUCUCCCCCUCAUCGCGAAGCGACGUACCGCGAGCGGUCUCGCUCCCCUUCGAGCGCCAUCGACAACUGGCUGCUCACACGGGGUGGUCUGCCUCAGGUUGAUCUAAUUCCUCGUGGCAACCUCGUCUCACUACCAGUCGAGGAACUGGAGAGCCAGUAUAGACUUACCCGCGCCGCUGAAGAAUUGGCUGCUGCAAGCGCUCGGCGUACGUGGGUUGAGGAGGAGCUCCGGCGUGUGCGUCGCGACAGAGGUAGUCGCAACAGCGACGACCAACGAGAUGGUCAGUAG